UUCUUCCGUCUUUUUCCAUCUCCGAUCAGUCUCAGUGUACUUCUCUUCACAGGCCGGGGAAGUCAAGCGCCGUUCGUCAAGCUUCUUCGUGAAUCCCCCAUGGCUGCGGAAGCUAAAGCUCGAGGAGCUCGCUUAUCGGACAUUGAUGACGACGAACUGGAUGAGGAAGCUGGUGAAGAGAUCGAAUCGGCUCCGCCUCUGGAAGUCGGAGAAGAGAGAGUGCUUGGCGUCUCCGGCGUCAAGAAGAAGCUCAUCAAAUCCGGCAUUGGAUGGGAAACUCCGGAAUCCGGCGACGAGGUCACUGUUCACUACGUUGGCACUUUGCUUGAUGGGAAAAUCUUCGACUCGACGAGAAAUGGGGAUGACCCUGUGACAUUAAAGAUUGGAGAAGCUACUAUGAUUCCCCGAGGCUUGGAAAAUUGUAUUAUAACAAUGAAAAGAGGGGAAUGUGCCUUGUUCACAUUGCCUGCUGAGCUCGUUUAUGGAGCUGAGGGCCAUGAAAACGUGCCUCCCAAUUCCAUUGUUCAGUUUGAAGUCGAACUUAUCUCAUGGAUUUCUGUGGUGGACCUUCGUAAAGAUGGUGGUAUUAUCAAGAAAAUUCUGCAGAAGGGAAAUAGAGAUCAACGCCCUGGUGAUUUGGAUGAAGUUCUUGUACGGUACCAAGUGGAGCUUGUUGAUGGUGCUGUUGUAGCCAAAACUCCAGAAGAAGGGAUUGAGUUUUGCGUGAAAGACGGCCAUCUAUGUCCAGCAUUAUCAAUAGCAGUCGUGACCAUGCGUCCAGGAGAAAAGGUCAAAUUGAUUGUUCAACCACAAUACGGGUUUGGAGAAGAGGGAAGAGAUUCUGGUGGAGAGAUCAGUGCUGUUCCACCAAAUUCCAUCCUAAAUAUUGAUUUAGUUCUGCUUUCCUUCAAGCCUGUUAUUGAUGUUUCGGGAGAUUCAAAGGUUUACAAGAAAAUUCUGAGGGAGGGUGAAGGAACACUUGUUGCAGAUGAUGGUGCAACUGUAACUGUCAGCUAUGUUGCAAAGCUCGAGGAUGGCACAAUAUUUGAGAAGAAAGGAGCUGACGGGGAGCAGUCUUUGGUUUUUGUGACUGAUGAAGAACAAGUGAUCCCUGCCUUAGACCGAACUGCAUCAACAAUGAAGAAAGGGGAGCAGGCAGUACUAACAAUAAGUUCUGAAUAUGGUUUUGGAAAUGUGGAAGUUCAGCGGGAUCUUGCUAAAGUCCCUCCAUGUUCAAACCUGAUAUAUGAAGUUGAAAUGUUGGACUUUGUCAAGGAGAAAAGGCCAUGGGAGAUGAAUAAUCAAGAAAAAAUAGAGGCUGCCUGUAGAAAGAAAGAUGAAGGCAAUCAGCUUUAUAAAAAUCAAAAGUACCAGCGAGCAGCGAAGAAAUAUGAUAAGGCUGCUGAUUGUGUUGAAGCUUGCUCCUUUGGAGAUGAUGAAGAGAAGCAAGUCAAGGCUUUGAGAGUGUCUUGCUGGUUGAAUGGUGCAGCCUGUAGUCUCAAACUAAAGGAUUUUCCGGAAGCUAUCCGGUUGUGUUCAAAGGUGUUAGAAAUCGAAUUUUUAAACGUCAAGGCAUUAUAUAGACGGGCUCAAGCCUAUAUUGAAAUAGGGGAUUUGUUUCAAGCCGAAAUGGACAUCAGAAAAGCUCUUGAGGCUGAUCCUGAGAACCGGGAGGUGAAGUCACUAGAGAGGACACUGAAACAAUCCAAAGCGGAGACUGACAAAAGAGAUGCGAAGCUUUAUUCAAACAUGUUUAAACGUCUUGCAACAAAAGACUCCCUUGACCUGUCUGCACCAUCCAAAAAAUUAAAACUUACAGAAGCAGGAGAAGAGGAAAGGGAGAUGAAACAUGACGCGGACUCAGCUGCGGGUGAUGCAGAACAUUCCAACGAGUAGGCCUAUUGAACAGUAAUGGUGAAAGACGAGAGAAAUCUUUGUACAAUUCAGGUGAAGUACUAAGAAAAGACAUUAAAUUUUUGUUCUCGUCCUUCUGUUCUUUCUGUUAAAGAAAUCUGUAACUAUGUAUGUGUAACUUUGGUGAAUAUCAUUGUGAGAUUUUAGCAUACCGACUAAUUAGAUUUUAACCUA